CAGCAUUUCAACACAAGUAAAACAUAAAAUAAUAUUAAUAGGCAUUUUGCAACACUGCAAAAUUCCCGCAAUGCCGCGCAUUUAGGACAUCCUCUGGGAGAAUCGGAUGAUAAACUCAAAUCGUCGCCUGCACCAUGGAUUACGACCUGUUCCAGUCGGAUGAUGACGAGGAGAUUCUUAUCGCCUUUACCCAGGCUACCCAAAAUUUGCAGCAGGAAGCCCUCAAAGGGCAUAUGGAAGUGGACGAUGCCGAUGGAGACGAGGACUUGGAUGGAGGACUGGACUUCCUGCCAGAGUUCUGCUGCAGCGGCCGAGACACGGUGAAGACCCAGUUCCCGGCCGAGGGUUUCCUGCGGAGUGGCUAUGCCCAACUGGAGCCACCUUGUUGUCGACUGGACAACCUCUGCUUCGACUUUGCCCAGGAACAGUUGACGGUUGUCGCGGUCAGGAACUACCUUUAUGGCGAGGCCUGCAAGAAUGUGCAGAAGCUCUUUGCCGCCGUGGCAGGUCAGCAGCAAUUGCAGGCCCCAUCCGCAUCCAUGAACUCCGGUUGGUUUCGAGUGCGUCAGCAGGUAACCCACUUCUACCACCUGCUGCUCCGUCUGCGCGGAAAUGAUCUAAUGCCGGGUGCAGCGCAGUUUAUGGAGGAUCUGCGUCGCUUGCUCAACAGUCAGCUAGAUGCAGACGCCUGGAAGGUUUUACAUUUUGCGGAGCACAGCAAGGGAAACGAGUGUCAGGCGCCGGCCUAUCACCUGUACCACGGCGUCCUGGAGUGGCGAUUGUUGGACCUUCACAUGCUAUAUCUCUCCUCUGGGGAGGACCAGGGCUUCCAGGGGCAGCUGGAGCGUACGCUGGACGAUCUGAUAGUGUGCGCCGGACACCAUUACCGCGGCAAGCACCGACCGGAGCUCAUCCAUGCUUCGCCGUUCAUGUGCCGCUGCACCAAGGAGCUGUGGCUGCUGCUGAAGCAUCUAAUCCCCAAAUGGCUGGGUGAGGGGGUCCUGGACUUUUGGACACUCUUCCAUAAGGCCAUGCAGAGGCAUAAGACAAACUAUUUCCAGGGCGAGAGCAAUGCCGUUUCCCUGGUGUACCACGAGUUCUACGCCUGGCUACGACUUGGUUUGGCCCGCUUGGACGAAUAUAACAAUGAGGGCCAAUACCAACCGGGGGGGCACACGCUCAACUCGCCACCUGGCAACUUCCGAACCGCCGAUCUGCUGAAGCAAUUCCUGGCCAGCCAGCCGGACGAGCAGCAGCGACGUGUCUACCUUUCGCUACUUUCGCCCCUGCAACUGCAACUUGGUCAGCCGGACACGGAUGUACUGUGCCAGCUUUGGGAGUACUUGCAUCGCUCCUUGAACUGCAACUUUAGUGCAGGAUCAGAACUGGAUGAGCUGCCGCUCACCUGUCCCAACGGUGCCGCCUACGUGGAGCGCUACAGCAAGCUGCUGGCCAGGUCCCAGCUGGAGGAUCUGAAUCUCAACAGUUUCACCAUGUACGCCUGGUUGCUGGGCAGGACCUUGAAGCUGCUGCCGCGGCAGGGCCGGAGCAACCAGCGCCAGAAGCUGCUCGGUCGCAUAUUCAGCAAGUUCAGUGCCGCAAAACUCUUGGCUCUAAAUGAGCCCGGUAUUCAUCAUGUUAUCGAGCUGUUCCUCUGCCUGCUGCUUUCCCAGGAGGAUCUCGGCGACCUGACGCCCAAGCUGCGGGAAAUGCUGCUCUGUUUGGCCCUGGACAAGCUGUCGCCGGUGCGGAGGACUCUGGUGGCCAAGGGCCACAUGGCUCUGCUUCUCCUGCACGCCCAGCAUCGCCUGUCAAUGGAGGACUAUGUGGCCAAGCUGCUCAACCAGUUGGCCAUCAUACGCAAUGAUACGGAGGUGGGCGCCAUCUAUGUGAGCAGCCUACAGGACGUCUUUGACCUGGCAGACGACUUUAAUCGCGGCGAGCAGCAGUUACUGGGACCCUGGUUAACGCACUACGUGGAGAAGAGUGGCCAGGCAUCGCAGGAUCGCGUGUGGCAGGCCAUUCACUCGCUAAUCCUUCGUCUUGGCGAGCCGAGAGCAGUCACAGGCAAUGCCAAUGGCAUCAAGGAGGCGCUGCAACAGCACAUUCUGCCCCUGCUGAGGAUACAGUACGUCAGUGGUCACAGUUCGUGGCUACCGAAACUUGCCGCCAGCUUUGUGGCGCUGGACAAGGAUCGGGAAAAGCUUUUGCUGGGCUUCCUACAGGGACCGGAGCCCAUUAACAUGGCCGCGUCGGCUCAGUUAAUGCUCCAGGUGCUGGAAGACGACGAAGACAGCUGGCCGGCCAGCUCAACGAUCCUUCAGGUAUGGGUCAAGUCCCUGGUGCUUCUCAACGCGCAACAUGACUCGGUGUUGGCCCUAACUCCCCAUGUCACCCAGCUGGAGGAGUUCCGACAGCUGGCCAUUGAUCCCGCCGCCCUGGAAUGUGGCCGCGAGCCACUGUGCGCCUUUUUCGGAGCUCUGGGUAGGCGUGCCCAGCAGGAGGAGGCCGCGGCCCACGUGCGCAUGCAGUUGAGCCACAAACUACACGCCUAUGUUAAUCACUUCGAAAUGUGGCUGCCUCCGGAUCGCCUGCGUUCCGAAUUGGGCACCCGCUUCUUCAGCUUCCUGGCCAUCGUCAUCUACAACUGCCCCACGCUGGCAUAUGUGCGCUCCAAGCCCAGCUGCUUCUUCCACCUGGCCAUGGUGCGGUUCCUGCUCACCACGCAACUGCAGGCGGGCGUGCCGCCCGAGGGUCGCCUGCCGCAGAUGGUGCACAAGAUCUUCCCGGUGCUGUUGCAGGGGAUUGGUCGGCUGGCCUACCGCACGGACACCUACGUGGCCAGGACUCUGGAGCAACUGGUGCAGCACUGGACGCCGCAUUUUAGCUUCUCGCCCAGCGCCAAGCUGGUGGCCCGCCCCUAUGCCACGCUCCUCCAGGCUGAUGUGGAUAGCGAGCUGGCGGAGCAUGUGCUUCAGCUCCUGGUGGCGCAGUUUCUGGUGGUGCAGCGUCGAAAGGCGGGCCAGCAUGCGGGUCUGGUGAUCACCAUCGUGCAGCAACUGAUCGAGGCCACGCCCGCGGAGCAGGAACAGCAGCUGGUGACCGUGCUGCGCGGCGUCCACAUCCCUCUGCUGGAGCACGUGAUGUUCGUGGACGAACUGGACCUUAGUCGCGGCCAGGUGUUUGGACUCUAUCGUGUGCUGGUCUCCCACGAGGCCUUCAAGCGCUCACAGGCUGUCAGGGAUAUGUGCUCCAAUCAUUUGCUAUCGCUGGCCGAGAAGCACAUGGCCCACUGCACCUACUUCUUCUUUCAGAUGCUGAUCAAGCUGGGAGAGCUGGCGCCGGAUCUGGUGACUCCACUCCUACCUUUAGUGAGGGAGCAGGCCAAGCAGGUGGAGCUAAAGCGCGGCGCUGGCGAGGAUGUGGGCAUACGCAAGUGCCUGCAGCGAUUACAAAAGGUUUUAGAUCUAGUUUAAGGCCGAGUAUUAGAUUAAACCCGUAAUCCGUAUAUAGUUUGUAACUCUAGGUAAUAGUUAUUAGCAAAUAUAAAUUGUUUUUAUGAAAAUUUCUUAACGUUUAUUUCCGUAGAGGAAUUAUAGUAAAUUAUACCUAAUAUAUAUUUUUCUUUGCAAAA